CCGCGGCCAGCCCCUGGAACACAGCGGAGCGUCGGACAGGUCGAGGCGGUGGUUAAGUGCUGAAGUGACACACUUAAACCCUGCAGUGUGAAUGACAAAGAGGUUGUAAGAUCGGUCUUUCUGGACGAGAGCGGCGCUCCUGCGUUUCACUGCCGUGCUCGCGACGGAAGGGAUACUCGCUUUGUUUCAGGCGCUUCGCCGGGGAGGGCUCGUAGUAAGACGGUGUCUCCUCCUCUUUUUUUACGCUCGUGAAUGGAAAGCAUCUGCACCCCGGACCGUUACCUCUCCGUUCUGCGCGCAAGACCUGGUUUUGUGAUCUAGUCGGCGAUAACCGGACCGACAGCCUUUCGGAAACGGACAACGGGACAAUGGACACCUUCUUCGCUGAGGGGGCCCGUGUCUGGGUGAAGGACAGGGGGCAGCUCCACCCCUCCACCGUCGCCACCUGCGCAGACGGCUCUCUGGUCUUCACCAGCGACUACGGACAGGUGCUCAGUCUGCAGCCGGGGGAGGUGAGCAGGGAGAAGGUGCAGCCCAUGCACCGGAGCAGCGUGGACGGGGUGGAGGACAUGUCCUCGCUGGCCGAGCUGCACGAAGCCGCCAUCAUGCACAACCUGUACCAGCGUUACCGGGGCGACCGCAUCUACACCAACAUCGGCUCCAUCCUGGCGGCGGUGAACCCCUAUAAGCAGAUUCGGGGGCUGUACGACCCCGCCGCCGUGGAGCUGUACAGCCAGUUUCACCUGGGCGAGCUCCCGCCCCACAUCUUCGCCGUGGCCAACGAGUGUUAUCGCUGCCUCUGGAAGAGACAGGACAGCCAGUGUGUCCUCAUUAGUGGAGAGAGCGGUGCUGGAAAGACAGAGAGCACCAAGCUGCUGCUCCAGUUCCUGUCCGUCAUGAGCCAGAACUCUGCCGGGACUCCGCCCACCGAGAGGACCACCCACGUGGAGAAAGCCAUCGUACAGAGCAGCCCCAUCAUGGAGGCGUUCGGGAACGCCAAGACCGUCUACAACAACAACUCCAGCCGCUUCGGCAAGUUCAUCCUGCUGCACUUCUCCCAGAGCGGGAACAUCCAGGGCGGCUGCAUCGUGGACUAUUUGCUUGAAAAGAACCGUGUCGUGCGACAGAACCCCGGGGAACGGAACUACCACAUCUUCUACGCGCUGCUCGCCGGAGCGGACAGCGAGCACAGAGAGCUGUACUUCCUGACUGAACCGGAGUCCUACCACUACCUCAGCCAGUCCGGCUGCGUGAGGGACAAGAGCCUGGACGACAAGCAGCUGUUUGACAGCGUCAUGGAGGCUCUGAAGGUGAUGGAGUUCACGGAAGAGGAGAUCCGCGACGUCUUCAAGCUGCUGUCUGCGGUCCUGCAGAUGGGCAACAUCGAGUUCAUGACUGCAGGGGGGGCCCAGGUCACCACCAAGGGAGCGGUCAGCAUUGUGAGUGACCUGUUGGGCCUGGACUCCUUCCAGCUGUCUGAGGUUCUGACCCAGCGCUCCCUCAUCCUCCGGGGGGAGGAGAUCUGUUCCCCCCUAACCGUGGAGCAGGUAGGGUCAGGUGCACCUGUCACAUCCCAAACACGCCCUGACAUGACCCCCGACACCCCCACACACAGCCAGCACCCUCACGCACAGUGUACCAGCGACCCAGCAGUGGUUAUGGUCCACAUCCCCACUCUAUUCAAGCAGGGAAACGCAUGCAGCGGGGGGCGCCAGAGUUUCCACAAUCCCAACCGGUUCGACCCGGAAGUGGUGCUGAACCAGCUGCGCUACUCCGGAAUGCUGGAGACGGUGAAGAUCCGGCGGGCUGGCUUUCCCGUCCGCAGAACCUUCCAGGACUUCUUCAGCAGGUACAAGAUGAUCCUGCGGGACGGAGACCCCGCCGGCGACGAGAGGCGCAGAUGCGUGGACCUGCUGGCCGCGUACGACGGCGCCCGGGCAGAGUGGCAGCUGGGAAAGACGAAGGUGUUCCUGAAGGAAGCGCUGGAACAGAGGCUGGAGAAGGAGAGAGAGGAGGUGCGGCGGGAGGCUGGCAUGGUGAUCCGAGCCCACAUACUGAGCUAUGUGGCAAGGAAGCACUAUAAAAAGGUCCUGGCCAGCACCCUCACCAUCCAGAAGAACUACCGCGCACGUUACUGGCGCCGAGCCUUCCUGCAGCUGCGAUUCGCCGCGCUCGUCUUCCAGAAGCACCACCGCGGUCAGCUGGCCCGCAGCCUGUACCGCCAGCUGCGCGAGGAAGAGGAGAGGAGGAGGAGGAGAGAAGAGGAGGAGGAGGAGGAGAGGAGGAGGAGAGCAGAGGAGGAGGAGGAGAGGAGGAGGAGAGCAGAGGAGGAGCAGGAGAGGCUGAGGCAGCUGGAGCAGCAGCAGCAGCAGCAGCAGGAGGAGGAGCUGAAGAGGAGGCGGAAGGAGGAGGAGGAGGCGGAGGCUGAGCUGCUCAGGGUCCGGCAGGAAGAGGCGGAGCUUCUCAGGAUCCGGCAGGAAGAGGCGGAGCUAAAGAAGAGGCUGGAGGCGGAGGAGUUGAGGGCCAGGCAGGAAGUGGAGGCGCAAGAAAAGCAGAAAGAGGAAGAGGAGAGAAAGAACGGGCACAAAGUGGGAACAGAUCUACUGGGUCCCCAGGUGGGGGUGUCGGCGCUCCAGGGCCUGAGCCCCUGCGCCUCGGAGGAGGAGGCGCGGCAGAUGGAGGAGAUCCUGCGGCUGGAGCGGGAGAUCGAGCGGCUGCAGAGGCAGCGCGAGGAGGGCGUGUCGCUCCUGUGCGGGACGUCCCGGUCGGAGCUGCAGCAGAGGCGCGCGGCGGAGAUCCGGCGGCUGGAGAAGGAGGCGUCCCGCGUGGCCGCCGAGUUCGUGGAGCUGCUGGACUUCGGCGGCCUGGAGCGCUCCGCCUCCAGCGAGGAGAACCUGCACGACUCGCCCGACACCACCGCCCCGCUCGCCGAGGAGGAGGUGGACGAGGGCUUCCACGCGGAGGAGGAGGGUGUGCCCCUGCCCGACUUCCCCCCCCCGGCGCCCCCCCUGGACCAGGACAUCUUCGCGGACCUGCCCCCUCCCCCGCCCGUCUUCACAGAGGGGGUGGUGUGCACCUCCUCGCCCGUACACCCCCCCAUGGCCCCUGUCCCGCCCCCGCCCCCGGCCCCGCCCCUCAUCGUGGGGGUAGGAGGAGGAGGAGGGUGGGGCGACGUCGCGGGCCGGGCCGGGUCCGGGAGCCUGCCCGACUCUGAGGAGCCCAUCUACAGCACGCCGCUGGACGUGGAGUCGGACUACGACCAGGACGAGCUGGAGGAGGCGCUGGGCAGCUCCGGCGACGGUCACGUGACCGACGGGAAGGCCCAGCGCAAGUCCACCUGCACCUACAACAGCCUGGACUCGUACCGCGGCAGCUCCGACUCCUUUAUCGACAGCGACGAUGAGAACGACGGCUACGUGGACACGGACGAGGAGGUGUCCAACGGGCGCGCCAACGCGCUCAACGGGAGCGGGCCGCCCUACUUCCACAGCUACCUGUACAUGAAGGGCGGUCUGAUGAACCCGUGGCGGCGGCGCUGGUGCGUGCUGAAGGACGAGACCUUCCUGUGGUUCCGGGCGAAGCAGGAGUCGCUGAAGUCCGGCUGGCUGUACAAGAAGGGCGGCGGCAUGUCCACGCUGUCGCGGCGCAACUGGAAGAUGCGCUGGUUCGUCCUGCGCGAGGCCAAGCUCAUGUACUUCGAGAACGACAGCGAGGAGAAGCUCAAGGGCACCAUAGACGUCCGCGCCGCCAAGGAAAUCGUGGACAACCACGAGAAGGAGAACGCGCUGAAUAUUGUGACGGAGGAGAGGACUUACCAAGUGUUUGCGGAGUCCCCGGAAGAUGCCAGUGGAUGGUUCAACGUGCUGAGUCGGGUCCACAGCGCCACCCCUGAGCAGCUGCUGGAGAUGCAGCACGAGCAGGCCAACCCCAAAAACGCAGUGGGAACGCUGGACGUUGGGCUGAUCGACUCCGUCUGUGCUUCGGAUAAUCCAGACAGGCCCAACUCCUUCGUGAUCAUCACGGCCAAUCGGGUGAUCCACUGCAACACGGACCUGCCCGAGGAGAUGCACCACUGGAUCAGCCUGCUCCAGAGGCCCAAGGGCGACUCCAGGGUGGACGGGCAGGAGUUCCUGGUCAGAGGCUGGCUGCACAAGGAGAUGAAGUCUGGGGGGAAGAGCACCUCCCUGAAGCUGAAGAAGCGCUGGUUCGUCCUGAACAACAACUCGCUGGACUACUACAAGUCCUCGGAGCGCACCGCCUCCAAGCUGGGCACCCUGGUGCUCAACAGCCUCUGCUCCGUGGUGCAGCCCGAGGAGAAGGUCUUCAAAGAGACAGGCUACUGGAACAUCAUAGUUCACGGGCGCAAGCACUCGUACCGCCUCUACACCAAGAUGCUGAACGAAGCCAUGCGAUGGGCGUCCGCCAUACAAGGCGUCAUCGACAACAAGGUUCCCAUAGAAACGCCCACCCAGCAGCUGAUCCGGGACAUUAAGGAGAACAGCCUGAACCCGGAGGCAGUGGAGCAGACGUAUCGGAGGAACCCCAUCCUCAGAUACACCCAGCACCCCCUGCACUCCCCCCUACUGCCCCUGCCCUACGGAGAGGUCAACGUCAACCUCCAAAAAGAGAAGGGCUAUGCCAGCCUGCAGGACGAGGCGGUGAGGAUGUUUAACUCCCUGCAGGAGAUGGAGGCGGUGUCCGACCCCGUGCCCAUCAUCCAGGGCAUCCUGCAGACGUGCCAGGACCUGCGGGCGCUGCGUGACGAGGUCUACUGUCAGCUGAUCAAACAGACCAAUCACGUCCCGCAGCCCAACAGCUCGGCCAAUCGCGCGCACUGGCACCUGCUCACCUGCAUGAGCUGCACCUUCCUGCCCAGCCGAGCCAUCCUGCGCUACCUCAAGUUCCACCUCAAGAGGGUCAGGGAGCAGUUUUCUGGGACGGAGAUAGAAAAGUACGCCCACUUCAUUGGUGAAUCGCUGAAGAGGACCAAGUCCAGGGAGUAUGUUCCCUCUCAGGAAGAGAUCGCCGCCCUGCUGACCCGGCAGGAGAUGACCACGACGGUUUACUGCCACGGAGGAGGGUCCUGCAAAAUCUCCAUCAACUCACACACCACCGCUGGGGAGGUGGUGGAGAAGCUGAUUCGGGGUCUGGCCAUGGAGGACAGCAGGAACAUGUUCGCCCUCUUCGAGCACAAAAACUGCACUGACCGGGCCGUGGAAAGCCGGGUCAUUGUGGCUGAUGUCUUGGCCAAGUUCGAGAGGCUGGCAGGCAGUGAGGAAGAGGAGGAGGAGGGACAGUGGCGGCUGUAUUUCAAACUCUACUGCUUCCUGGAUGUGGAGAGUGUUCCUAAGGAAGGGGUGGAGUUUGCCUUCAUGUUUGAGCAGGCUCACGAGAGCCUGAUCAGCGGCCAUUUUCCCGCGCCGGAGGAGACGCUGCAGCACCUGUCGGCCCUGCGGCUGCAGUACCUGCACGGGGACGCGGUGCGGGGCAGCUGGAGCCUGGACCACAUCUACCCCGUGGGGCGCCUGCGCGCCCGCAUCCUGCAGUCCACCAAGGCGGGCGGGGCGGUGGGCGCGAUGGCGGGCUCGGGGGCGGGGCCGGGGGCGGGCCCGGGGGCGGGCCCGGGGGCCGGCCACACCCUGGAGCGGCGGAGGACCAGCUUCCUGGACGGCACGCUGAGGCGGAGCUUCAAGACGGGCUCCGUGCGGAGGCAGCGGGCGGAGGAGGAGCAGAUGCUGGAGAUGUGGGUGAAGGAGGAGACGUCGGCCACCCGCGCCAGCGUCCUGGAGAAGUGGGGCCGCCUGCAGGGCCUGCCCCAGCACCAGGCCAUGCUCAAGUACAUGGCCGUCGUCAAGGAGUGGCCCGGUUACGGGUCCACCCUCUUCGACGUGGAGUGUAAGGAAGGGGGGUUCCCCCACGACCUGUGGCUGGGCGUGAGUGCGGAGAACGUGUCCGUGUACAAGCGGGGGGAGCCCCGACCCCUGGAGACCUUCCCCUACGAGCACAUCGUCUUCUUCGGGGCGCCUCAGGCCAGCACCUUCAAGAUAACCGUGGAUGAGAGAGAGCUGUGCUUCGAGACCCCACUGGUCGGCGAGAUCACCAAGAUCAUGAAAGCCUACAUCAACAUGAUCGUGAAGAAGCGAUGCAGCGUGAGAUCCGUGUCCAGCUGCGGCAGCAACUGGAUCAGAUGAUGGCCACGGGCCAAUCGGCACGCAGUUCCCUCACAGUAGGGGGGCGGGGCCCAGUGUGGGCAGGAAGGAAUUCUGCUGACGACAGCAGCCAGUCGGGACGAAGCUUAGAUGUCGGUCAGAUGACGUCACAGCCUGAUAGAGGGCAACGCUUGCCGUGUUGGAGAAAAUUACUGAUGGAUGUAAAACUUCAGCCAGAGCAAAAAAACUCCUACUGUGUCUCUCGGCAGGUGCUGCCAGACAACAGUACAGUAAACUCCUGCAUAACCGCUUCCCACGUAAGCAGCCAACCGGAUUAUCCAGCGGCCUCCAGUCAAAUUUUAACGCCAGUGUCUAACGGAGACUGACGACCUGGUGAAGUGCCGACGUUUACCUGAGUGCAGCGCGUUAACAACGCAGCGGCCGACACCUGUGGUCUCACACCUGUGUGAGCCGCCGGACCUCCUCUGCCGUGCGCAAUCAAUGGUCUACGUUCACCCCGAUCAGAAAACAAGGGGGAGAGAAAUAAGAACAAAACAUUUCAUUGAGUGAAUUCAUAUCUGCACAUUCGCAUUUUUACAUUGUGUCAGCUGAAAGUGCUUAUUUAAAUUUAAGUUUUUGCCGCUUUGUCUGAUCUUUGAGGUAUCCGCCUUCCCGGUUGGUUCCAGUGGGGUUGGUUGUGUGGGAGGUUACUGUACUGAUUCCACGCCCAUUCAUUGCUUACGUAUGUUUACGCUUCUCAGAUGGAGGACAAGAGCUUGAUGCUCCUGAUCUCCCCCCGAUUUACCUGUACUGCCAAAACCUCAAGCAAACGGCUCCCUGCUUUAGCCUGUUACGCUAACGUUAUGCCAAAAGCAAGCCCCGCUCGCCAGUCAGUCCUUGAUGUUUAUCGCUUGUUUAUAGUGACACGGGUGUGUCUCGCGUGCAGGGACACACUUCUGAAUUCAGGCUGUAAACAUCAGGCUCUCUCAUUGGCUGCCACAGAACGGCCUGUCUCUCCUUAUCGAGUGGAGCUGUGGACGGGACACGUCGACAGGGACGGACUAGCGGCUGUGUACUUGCCAAGCCUUUCCAGACAAGUGCAUAUGCUAUCUCAGCUUCGGAUGGAUUUGUUUGUUGUUUGUGUUUUUUUUUUAACGCAAUUUACCCAUCUGUUGUGACAGUAAUCCAUAUACCAUUUAAUAAUACUCUUCCCUUUUUUUGUACAGCACACACCAUAUACAGUACACUGGACCUCAUCUUACUUUUAUAUUCAGCAUAUAUAGUCUGUACAGAUGGACAAGCUAUUUUAUUCAGUAUGAUUCCAAUAGUAUUUCAAUGACAGAGAAUACAAUAGAAAAGAAAAAGGUCACGUUUAAUUUUGUUUCUUCUCUUUGUAUAUCUGUUAAAAAAUAAGACUGACUUAUUCAGGUUUAGGUCUUUUGGAUGUGGAGAGCAAUAUAACACCUUGGAUCCACAACUGGAAGCCACCAUUUCCAUCCCUCUAAGUCUUGAUGCCUUAAACAGUCUCGCUGCUUCUGAAUCCUACUUGGCAUUCCUCUGUCACCUUGGUUCUGUCACUGGAGUACAGCACAGUACGAAAGUACGGACAGGUCUUCCUGGAAGUGGAUGAACCUUUAAACCAAUAUGCCUCUGUUGCCAUGCGCCAGUAACAGAUGUGGACAUUUAACGUGCCCAUUCCACAGUAACUAGGUCUCUGUACUACUGAAGGGCCUGGUCACCUGUGUGGUGUGAAAAUAGCAAAAAAAUGAUUUAAAAAACGCCCCUUUAUCUAAAGAGUACUGUGUAAUUUGCUAUAAAAAAUAUGCAACAUUU